AUGAUCAAGUCUAUAUGUGGUCCACCUGUCGAUCUAUCUGACGGUGGUAUCUACCAGCUGACCUCACCACACUCAUCAGAUUCUCAGCCAAUAACAUGUGUGUGGUUGGUCUAUGCUUCUACUGGCCACCUCAUCAACAUCCGCGUCACCGACACAUCACUCAUCAUUUCAGGGAACAUCCGUGUAGGCUCUGGCCACGACUCAAGUAACGAGAGCUCGACAAUCAUUAACAAAUCAAUGGGCAAGAUUCCCGAGGGUUUUACGGUUCAUUCGGGAAAGGCUUGGAUAUCGUGCGUUGUGUCAAAUAAUAACUUCUCUUUCGAAAUCACACAGUUGAGUGAAGUAGUACAGUGCAACACCACAACCGAAUUCGCCUGUUCGUCUGGAGUCCAGUGCGUAGCUGCCGACCUACGCUGUGAUUCUUUACGCGACUGCGAUGAUUAUUCUGACGAGUUGGGAUGCUUAACGUGCAGCAAAGACCAGUAUUUGUGUGGUCAUCAGGGCGCAUGUGUGGAUAGUCAGCAGAUCUGUGACAUUUCCAAUGACUGUGGCAACUUUGAAGAUGAAUGGGAUUGCUAUUCUACAUGUGGCCCAAGUCUAGUUAAUGUCAACAUCUUCGCCGUCCUAUCUGUGCCCUCGAUCCAAAAUAGCAUAUACGUGUGCGUUUGGCAGAUUACCAGUGACCUCAACACUUACCUCACUAUGGAGGUUCUUACCAUGGAAAUAGGACCUCAUAGCUACAUAACCUUUGGUAACGGGCACGAGAUAUCUUCUAUGCUCGCCAAAGAAACAGACAUGCAAGUUGCUGGAACCCUUUAUCUCUUCGAUGGAAAUCAGAUGUGGAUGGUGGCACAUAUCUUUAGCGAUGCAUUCGAUUUUGAGGCUACGCUAAAUGCCGGAACGGUCAGAGGUUCUUGUGACGCCGAGAGUCUUCAGAGCGGUUCCAAGUGCGUGCCUGGCAGUUCACGAUGUAACGGUAGAGCAGAUCUACCAGACUACUCGGAUGAAGUGGAUUGCGGUUUUUGUGGAACGACCAAUUUGAAUCUGUCAACUCACAAAGAAGUGGUAACAGUGGAAGUUGCCUACGGGCUUGACGGAUAUAAACAGCAGCAGCUUGUAACAGUCUCCGUACGCGACAACCGAGAUAUCCCCCUGGUUAUCGCUAACACUACAUCCACCAUCAGUGAGUGCGUGUGGAAGGUUUCCUCGUCAGUGGGAACUCGCAUAGAGAUAACUGUUGCCAGGUUUGUCGGUACUAAUCUACGCAUCGGUAACGGCCACGACCCUAGUGAGGGCGCACUAAUUUGGUCCCAUUCUGAGACUUUGUUGUCUCGCAAGACACUGUUUUCUUCGGGUUCAGCUGUAUGGAUAACAACUGGUUUGUACAGUUACCAUUGGGUACCUUACCAGCUACAGUUUACCCUCCGUAGCUUCACAAGUAUUGAUUGUGACGAGGGGCAGUUCGCAUGUACUUCAGGAACUAUGUGCCUGGACCAGUCUUCGGUCUGCAACGGGAUUCUCGAGUGUCCAACUUACGCAGAUGAACUCUCUUGCACGAGUUGCCAGGAAGAAGAAUUCCCUUGCUCAACAGGAGAGUGCAUACCGAUCGAUAACGUGUGCAAUCGGUACUCUGACUGUCCGAAGCGGAAUGAUGAAUUCAACUGUGGUUUCUGCGGGGAAACAAAUAUAGCAUUGAAUGCUUCCGUUAGCAAAUUUUUCACGGCAGCGUUUGACGUAAAUCGUGAAAAUGACUGUGUGUGGACUGUCACCGCUGAACCGUCCACACGAAUUCUGGUCACCGUCAUAACCCACCGAUAUUUAUCGACCACCUUUUGCGAUGGGAAUUAUGGAGACUUUGUUAGAGACAGCAACCGAAGUGGAUGUACAGAACUUGUCACCUUGCAAGCAUCCAAUACGAAAUUCCGCAGACAAGCUUCUUCGAGUGGCCCCGCGCUAUGGAUAGAGGACACCGUCCAUAGUUAUUAUGAUAACUGGGAUCUUACGCUUACGCUUAGUCAGUUCGUGGAUAUUGUGUGCCGAAAUGGAGAGUAUAAGUGUCCCUCUGGGAGAACGUGUAUCGACCAAUCCGCAGUCUGCGAUGGCUGGCCAGACUGCCCUGAGUACGAGGACGAGUUUGGAUGUAGAGAUUGUUCUGGGGAUGCAUUUACGUGUGGUACAGGCUGGAGCGGAUGCUUAGAAAAGAAGUAUAUAUGUGAUGGACCCGCCAGCUGCUCUGAUAAGUCAGAUGAGCUCAAUUGUGGUCCCUGCGGUGACAGCCGUAUCAACAUGACGCUAGGCUACGUCAAUCUGACCUCGCCCGGUUGGCCAGAAAACUACCCAAGAAAUGUGAGAUGCUACUGGAUUUUGCUGGCUCCUGAGGAACACAGGAUCCUGGUCAUACUGCUUGAAUUCGAGACUGAUGGUUACGAUUACCUGGAGUUGUCGAAUGGGCGUAUAUUUUCUGCCGGCCUCAGAAUAACAGGGUCAGAUUUUCCCAGUAGAGUUGCCUCAAGAGGCAACGAAGCGUCCAUGUAUUUCUAUUCAAACGGCUACAACGAGGGGAAGGGAUUUUUACUUCAACUUGAACAAAGGCCUGAAGACGAAAUGUCAUGCGGAGUUGGAGAGGUAUUGUGCGACUAUCCGGACUUCAUAUGUGUUCCUGAAAACACUGAAUCGCUGCUAUGCCCGACAAAUUAUUGCGGCGAGGAAACCGUGCUUGUGAACUUUUCACCAGUAAACUUCUCUUCGCCAAAUUACCCGGCCUAUUACCCCAACGGACUUGACUGCGCGUGGACCAUCACUACUUUGCCAUUUCUUUUGAUUUUUGUCCACAUCGAGGACUUUUAUACUGAAGCUAAUUACGAUGUGGUGCAAAUCCAAGGUCUCACAUUUUCCGGAGUCUCGCCUUCGGUCUUCAGAUUUGACGGCACAACAAAAGUUCGCAGCAUGGUCUUCAAUUCAUCGUCGAUUUCCAUUCAGUUUACAUCAGACGGGAGUGUUGGGAAGAGAGGAUUUCUACUGUCGUUUCAAAGCAGCUUCCCUUUCAAGAAUCUAACUUGGUGCGACGAAGAGGAAUCGUCAAUAGAUGACUGCGAAAAACUAGAGAAAAUCCCGGUGUCGUGUGAUAUGCAUGACGAAAGUCUUUUUGACUGUGGAGACGGGUCGUGUGUGAUUCCUGAGGCCAGAUGCAAUGGGUUUACAGACUGCAACAUGGGACUUGAUGAACUGUCUUGUGAAAAUAUACACUGCCCCGAGUUUUACGCGUGUAAAACGUCUUCACACUGUAUCUACUGGGAAGAGGUGUGCGACGGCAAGGCCGACUGUGGCUCUGGUGACGACGAGAUUGAUUGCGUUAACAAGCGCUGCCCCAACGGCUGUAAAUGCAACUAUGACGUCGACGAUUUCCAUGUUCGAUGUCAGCAAGGUUGGAGUCAAAGCACCCUCGCCAACACUGCAAAAAGGACACAGGCUCUGGAACUUACCCACGGUGAAAUCCAUACCCUUGAGUUGGGUGGUUUCAAAGGGCUGCACUACCUCGAAGCGCUGUACCUGACAGAUAACCACAUACAAUGGAUACAGCAAGGUGCAUUUGCUGGGCUGAAUAUUACAUACCUGGAUAUUUCUAACAACAAUAUAACAAUGAUUGAUUCGCCCAUCUUUUACGAAUUGGAGCAACUCGAAACAUUGAUGAUGGUAAAUGUUCCCAUCAUGUCUAUUUCUGCGUCUGCUUUCCUGGGACUGUCAAAUCUUGAAACACUUGUGAUCAUAACCAAACUACGAGGCGACAUGUUUAUCGAGGUGGAAAAGGGAGCGUUUCAGGAGUUAAAGUCUCUGCAAACUGUGUACGUUGACGACUACCGUUUAUGCUGUGAUUUAGCCGAGUUGGAACAUUUCUCGGUUGAAGAAGACUGCCGUACUACCGAGUUGCAACCACCACUGAACCUGUGCGGAAGUCUUUUGCAGAACCACGUGUUGCGGGUGGCAUUGUGGGUAUUGGGGUUGAGCGCCCUCUUUGGUAAUGUAGUGGUUAUCAUUUGGAGGAUUAAAGGCGCAGGUGGUAGAGGAGGUAAGAAGACACAUUCAUUUAUGGUGUUGAAUCUGGCAAUUUCGGAUUUCAUGAUGGGUGUGUACAUGCUAAUGAUAGCAGGUGCUGAUCUUUCUUAUGGCGAGGCAUACUUCCGUACUGCUACCGUCUGGCGAUCCAGUGUGGUGUGUAAGAUAGCUGGGGUGAUAUCGGUCUUGUCCAGUGAGGCGUCGGUGUUUUUCGUGACACUCAUCAGCAUCGAUUGCUUCCUGUGCAUUGUGUUUCCAUUCAGUGGUAUCCACCUCCGGGACAGAUCGACAAAAAUUGUGGUAUGUUCACUUUGGUUUGUGGCUGUUUGCUUGAGCGUUGUUCCCACAUUCUCUGUUCGACCAGAUUCUGAUUUGUAUGGACUCUCUGAUGUCUGCAUAGGACUACCUUUCACCACCAAAGCGGCCGGGGCUGACAGCAUCCAAGCUGAAUUGAACACCAACAAUCCCCUAGGAAGCCAACAACUUACUCUUAAUGUUGGUACUGACAAGAAACCCGCCUGGAUCCUGUCCGUGGUUCUGUUUCUCGGCGUCAAUCUGGUUUGCUUCUUGGUCGUCUUUUGUUGCUACGUUGCCAUAUUUGUCAGUGUUAAAAGGUCGAGUAAGCUGGUAAGAAAGAGCGCUCACCGAAACCGCGAAAUCAAAAUGGCCGUCAAGAUGGCGGUGAUCGUAGGUACGGAUUUCGCUUGCUGGAUGCCGGUGAUCAUCAUGGGAAUUCUCUCUCAGACUAACACGAUUGAAAUAGGAGCCGAUAUGUAUGGUUGGAUUGUUGUAUUUAUCUUACCAAUCAACUCCUCACUUAAUCCGUACCUGUACACGAUUUACUCGGCUUGCACGCCUGGACCCACUAGCAAUAGUAACUCUGUAGACAAACCCGACAAAAAGAAUCGGAACACACGCUCGGUCGAAACAUUGGAUGUCUCAAUGUCUGAACUCAAAUAAAAAUAUGCAGACGCUAUGUGACAUGUUCAGAAUUUUGACGUAAAUGACAGUUUAGUGUUCAAAGUCUCAUGUAGUAUCGUUGUAAUCGUAAAGAGUACAUACUUGGACUAAAAAUCAUGAUGUUUGGAAUAAAUUUUAUGUCAAAAUAAAUCGUACUAAAAUCACACAACAUAGCAAUUUAAUUAAACAUACAUACAGUUAGUGGCAAUGUUUAGGAUGUACAUGUACAGUCUACAUAUAUUUCUGACAUUGAUUGUUUGUAUUGAUAUUUUACUAUAAACCAGUAAAAUAUCUUAAUUUAAAUGAUGCAAUCAAGAAAAGAGAAAUCAAGUCAUUUAAAAAACAAUGCUCAAACUGCAAGAUGCAAGGAAAUUCAAGCACGAUGAGGAAACGUUUUGAAGUACAGUGUAUUGUGCAUGUAAAUUUGAGAGUUAUCGCUGCAUAUAUUUCUAUGAUGGCAUGUUUUCAAUUUUGUGUACCCUCUUAAUCUGUUUUGUGGAAUUUAUGUAUAUAACCAGUACCUUUUAAAGUUGAAUUAGUAGUCAAAUGUUAAAACUGGGAUUGAACCCAUCAACUAGAUUCGAGAGACUGUUUCAAAGCAAACCCCGUGAAAAACACACGCAGUUUUCUACUGAAAUUUUAAGAACCUCUACUCGAGAGUCAAAACUCUGGAAAAAAAUCUGAAUGGUAACAAUCAUUCUUGCCGGAGAUGAUGUGUUUCAAUGGGUUUGUUUCUGUCAUUUUGUGAAUUCAAAUACUUAUACAGCUUUCGGAAGACUAGAAUAUUACCUUAUUUGUAUUUCGCACACUUUUCUAUCAUCAUUUUGUGACCUACUAUGAUAGUAAAGUAUGAAAAUUGGUGUUUAUAUUUGUUAGUGUUUAUGCAAUUGCCUGUAUGCCAACUGUUAAGUAAUUCUUUAAAGCAUUUAAAGCAUCUUAACUCAGUAGUUGCAGAGCUUAUUCCAAUGACAAGAUCCAAUAUAUUCUUCUUGAAAAGACUAUUACUCUGUUUCGGUGGCCUCCGCUAAAAAAAAGUGCAAAGAUUUAGAUUGCGAGGUAUCAUUUUGUAUGCAUAUUCGCCCUAAACAAGACUAAGAGCCACUCCAGGUACAGGCUACAAUAUAAAUUAAAAGAAGAGUACAUGUAGUUACUCAGCUCAGUUAACUGAAGGUGGGAAUUAAUAUUCCUCUUGAAACAGGACGGAUGGUAGGUGGAGAAAAACAUGCAUUAAUCAAGGAUUUCCAUUGAGAUGCAGCACAUGGUAAAAAGCUAUUGGAAUAUCCCUUUGUUCUUUUUAGUACAUCUGUGUAUUGCUACAGUAUGGAUGAGAACAGGCAGAGUGCCGAGUUUGGACAGAACAGUGGAGUAGUGACCAUGAAAAUAUCUGCUUCAUGAAAUGUAUAAUACUGAAUAAAAUGAAUUAGUCAAGAGUGUUAUUAUGCCUUUACGUAUAAUGUACAGGGUUAUAGCAAAAAAUUAAAAGAAGAGUAGGUACUCAGGAAGGCGGAAGGUAGGAAUUAACAUUCUUCUUGAAACAGGACAGAUCAUAGGUUGGAGGGAAACAAGCACCAGGCAAGGAAUUCCAAAGAGAUGCAGCACGUGAGAAAAAGCUAUUGGAAUAUCCUGUUGUUCUUUUUAGUACAUCUGUGUACUGCUACAGUAUGGAUGAGAAUAGGCAGAGUGCCGAGUUUCUCUCUCAAAUACUCUGAUUGGAUGAACUUGGUUUGACAGACCAGAGCAGAGAUCAUGAAAAUAUCUGUUAAAAAAUGGAGUGUUAUUAUUGUAAACAUGUAUAUCUUUAAUUGACUAAAAUAUUUAUUCAUGUUUUUAGCUGAUCUUCAUCUUUCAAUCUUACAUGUACUUUUCAUUAUUGACAGUUCAUAAACGCAAAUUAUGUAUGAA